UGAGCGACUGGGCUCCUCGUGGGUUUGUCUGAGUCCAAGUGCGGUGUCGGAAACGGGGCUGGCUCCACGCAGCGCGCGGGCCGUGAAAACCUGCCUGAUGGCCCGUGUGUUUCCACGCGGCUGGCGCUCCGCGGCUUAUAUUGAGCUUUGCUCUAGGGAGUAAAGUGGCUUUUUGUCUUUAGCGUUUUAGCCAGUGUCCAGCAUCACUGAACGGGUCACAGUGGUUCGGCUUUCUUAUUUUUUUUCACUGCGUUGUUCCCUUCUCAUGAUCCCAACCACAGCUUGGCUUUGAGCUCCGACCUGCCAAAAGACAUCAAAGCGAGGGGAGGGACCUCGGUUUGAGUUGGAGGCUGGAGUUUUAGAGACUUGUUGCUCUGGAAUACGGUGGUUCAGAGUUUAUUUUGUGUCUUUUCUUUGAUGUCCAAGAGUGAAGAUAUCUUAGACUUACUACUUCCAUCUUGGCUGAGGUGGUUGAUACAGGAGCGAAUGCCAGCAUGAUUGAGAUCUGACCAACUGUGUCAAUACUUCAGGUGUGGAGGAGGGGCCUAACAUAUUUAACAUCUGCUGAGCUACCAUGGCAGUCCCGUCUGCUUUGGUGCCCUCCUCAAUGAUGUCGCUACCACAGGUAAUUGAGUCCACAGUCAUGAGUGAACCCCAGUGCUACUACAAUGAAAACAUUGCCUUCUUUUAUAACCGGAGUGGAAAAUACUUAGCCACUGAAUGGAACACUGUCAGCAAGCUUGUGAUGGGACUGGGUAUUACCGUCUGUAUCUUCAUAAUGCUGGCCAACCUCUUAGUUAUGGUGGCUAUUUAUGUCAACCGCCGCUUCCACUUUCCUAUUUAUUACUUAAUGGCCAAUUUAGCUGCUGCGGACUUCUUUGCAGGGCUGGCCUACUUUUACCUAAUGUUUAACACGGGACCCAACACUAGAAGAUUGACUGUAAGCACCUGGCUUCUUCGCCAGGGUCUCAUUGACACUAGCCUGACGGCCUCUGUAGCCAAUUUGCUGGCCAUUGCUAUUGAGAGGCACAUUACCGUCUUCCGAAUGCAGCUGCAUACUCGGAUGAGCAACCGACGAGUGGUGGUAGUAAUUGUUGUCAUCUGGACUAUGGCCAUUGUCAUGGGUGCUAUACCAAGUGUCGGCUGGAACUGUAUCUGUGAUAUCACUCACUGCUCCAAUAUGGCACCACUCUAUAGUGACUCUUACUUGGUUUUCUGGGCUGUUUUCAACCUGGUCACUUUUUUGGUUAUGGUGGUCCUAUAUGCUCAUAUCUUUGGGUAUGUCCGCCAAAGGACUAUGAGAAUGUCCAGGCACAGUUCUGGGCCCCGCAGAAAUCGGGACACCAUGAUGAGUCUCCUGAAGACCGUGGUCAUUGUGCUUGGUGCUUUUAUAAUCUGCUGGACCCCAGGAUUAGUCUUGUUGCUCCUUGAUGUUUGCUGUCCUCAGUGUAAUGUCCUGGCCUAUGAAAAAUUCUUCCUGCUACUUGCUGAAUUCAACUCUGCCAUGAACCCCAUCAUCUACUCCUACCGGGACAAAGAAAUGAGUGCUACCUUCAAACAGAUCCUCUGCUGUCAGCGCAGCGAGAAUGCCAACGGUCCCACCGAAGGCUCUGACCGCUCUGCUUCAUCACUCAAUCACACCAUCUUGGCUGGAGUACACAGUAAUGAUCAUUCUGUGGUUUAAAAAGGAACUGAAAGAUCAAAAAGAACUACAGAGAAUUUGUAUUGAUGGAUGAACAAUAACAGGCUAGAAAACCACAUCGAGAGGGCUGGGCACAAGGAAAGUAACAAACUCACAAGACAUUCUUAAAUACUAAUGGACACAGUAUUCUCUUUUUCCAGAAAACCAACCCACGCACAACACCAGCCAUGUAUGCAGAACUGGCUGUGCUAUAGCCCUCAUCCUUUCUUCUGCUUUCUGAAACUGGAAAGCAGCUUCCUUGCAAUGGAAUUCAUAAUUAGCACUAGGAAAGUCUUAUUUAGACUCCACUAACUAGACUCUGUCAGAAUAUGCUUUGUCUUGGUGCCAGUUGAAAUCAACUCUGAUUAAUUAAGCGUAUACCUGCUUCACUGCAUUUACAUGUAGACACUUAGUCUUGUUUUUAAAAAAAGAAUGCAUUUCAUUUAAUAAAUACUUAAUAUUUAUCACCAUCCGCAUGCUUGUGAUGGACAUUAACUGUGCAGGGAGAAAAAACAUGCUGUAGUCUUUGUAUUCUUAGCUACACUGCCAUAACUACAACAAAACAAAAAUAUUUUUCUAAUACUGGCCACAGGAAAAUGAUGGAAAUUCCGACUCUUCCUACCUUCUUUACUGGUGUUAGAGCACACUUGUUCUGUGUGAUGGCGGAUUGUUUUAAUUCAGAAAAAGAUGCUAAUUGUAACAUCCGCAGGAAAGUAGAAAAGCAUCGACUGUAUUACAGUGUUUGUUUAGAUUAUGAAAUAAACAGUACUCUAGUCACAAGGUACAGUAGUUAACUUUCUUCUUUGAAGUGUGGUAUUGAAAUAUGUAACAUACACAAGGGGUCCCAAGUUUAUUCAUGGUCAGCUCCUUAGAGUAGGAUAUGUCUUUAAUGUUCUAAAAGAGCUACAGUCGUGAGGCUAAGCUGAAGCACAAGAGUGUUUUGUAAGAUGUAUUUAUGGUGUUGGAGUGUUUUUCUCAUUCAUUGUGGAAUGCAAAGGGAUUUUUUCAAUGCAUAAUAUAGUGUACUUUGUAAACGCUUUUUUAAAAAAAGAAAUCUUUUUUUUUUUGCACUGAGUGAGGGACAUUUUUGAGGGUAUCUAAAAAUUAUUUACCCUUUAUCUCAUAAACAGUAGUUACUUGGCGCUACGGUACAACUUUAUUUUUUAAUUAGAUCAAAUAUAUAAUUGGUCAAACAAUUGAAACCUCCAUUAUGAUAAGCCAGCCAAAUAUCUGGACAUCUCAUACAUGGCUACUUUUAAGAAGAGAUACCACCUGUCCAAAUAUAAACUCCCAUGAAUUAUUAAAUACUAAUGAAAAUCCAUAGUCUGCCAUCAAAUACGUUUUAGUGAAGAAGAGAUCUUUGUAUUAAAGAACUUGGGACCUUUGUAUGUCAAAUUACUUGUUUGUGUGAGUGCUCCCAUGUGUGCAUAACAAUGUAAUGGACCAUAACUAAAGUUCAUGACAGGCUGUUUUCCAUGUUGUUAGAUGCUUAAAUAAUAACUUGCUUGAGGUUUAUCAGUCAGUGUAAUGCUCUGGAAUGUUACGUAAGAGGUGUUGGGAUACUGUCAUGGAGCUAUUGUGCAGAGGUCGAUAGAGUAUGUAGGUUUAAGAAGGAGGCCUGGAAAAGAGAAUUCAGCACCCAGGAGGCAGAGAGAGUGUAAAGUUGCCAGUGUGUGUGAAGUCAAUGGGAGUUUUGCCAUUGACUUCAGUGGAGCCAGGAUUUUCACCUGUAAUGUUUAGCAGGUGUGCAGGGGCUGUGUGAAAGUGGGGGAGAUGAGAGCAGGCGGGUGGGCUUAGAGAAGGUGUCCAGGGAUCACGUGUCAGUUAAACAAGGGAUGGAUAUUUACGCUUACUUUGUACAAAACACAUAUAGCUGUAUUCUUUACUGAGGUUGAGAACAAAUGAACUCAUGAUUUUUCACACAUGUAACUACAAUGAGAACUAGAAGAUGGGCUGUUUGAACUUAACGGGGGAAAAAAACCCUCCACAUAAGCCACUAAUAAAGUUUUCUCAAUGA